UCGCGGCACUGCGAAGCCAGUUUGGUGUAUUGUGGAGUCCAGAGUAGUUGGGAAUUGUGAGAUUGCGUCAGUUUUAUCUAAUCUCUCCGUUAUUUGAUUUGCUUGUUGGAUGAUUGACAAAGUUUUGGGGAAUCUCUAAGCAAUUCUGUGGGAGUUUUGAGCAAUUUUCGCGUGGUUGGAAGUAUAGUCGGGAGACUUAAGUGUUCUUUAUGUCACUCUGCGGAGCUUAGUAUUUGUGGCGUCUCUCUUCUGUCCUCUCCUUCGCUCUCGACAGCUUGAUUCCAAUAUUUGGGGGAUUGUGUAUAGGAAACGCAAGUCACAGACAGAACGCCUAUAUGCCGCAUUGUAUAUUGUGUUAUAACACAUAUUUUGCCGCUUUUUCGACGCCAACCCGAACUCUGACACUUUGUGUUGCUUUUUUUCUAUAUAACACGCGAUACAAGUGAGAUGAGCUUUUUACCGGGAUAACCUUGGUUUGUGAGCGAUUACUGCCUAAAAAAAGAAUAGUGAAGAGACCAACACUUCAGUCACUCGGCGAAAAUUGAAUUAGAUAAAAUACGUUUUACUAUUUAUCUGCUGACUUUUUCUCCAAUAAAUUCCGCAAAGUCUCAAUCAGUUUGCAUAAAAAUGACUACGACUAAUAUAAUAUUCGACAAGGAUACUUAUGUGGCGGGGGAGAAUGUGACUGGUCGUGUGGAAAUCUUCAAUUCCUCACCAAUGAAUAUUCGGCAUAUAUCCCUGAUGAUAAAGGGCAGUGCAGAGGUUCACUGGACCGAGCAGGAAUCGUACACGGAAAAUAACGAACAAAAGAGCCGUACAAUUACAUUUUCUUCACACGAGCAGUAUUUAAACAGCCAAACGGUGCUGUACGGCCAACACGGCGGUCCAACCAUCCAGCUGCCGCCGGGACAGCACUCCUACAACUUCGCCUGCUCUCUUCCGCCCAGUCUUCCGGGCUCAAUAUUCGGGGCUCACGGGAAGAUAGAAUACAUUGCGAAAGUCAACAUUGAUAUUCCAUGGGCGCUGGACGACAAAUUCAGUCGAUCAUUUCGCGUGGUUCCCAGUCUGGAUCUGAAUCACGAUCCUCAGUUGAGACUUCCUGUUGAGUCCGAAAGAGUGAAGAAUUAUUGCUCUUGGAAGUGCUCAACUUCUCCCGCCAUCAUCACUGUUAAGCUCCCACAAACAGGAUUUAUCACAGGUGACAACAUUCCGGUAUCUGUUCACAUCUCCAACCUCAGUUCCGUCACUAUACAAGGUGUCCAAGUGAAGCUCAUGCAGCGAUGUGAAUUCUUUGCCACCACUCCUCGUCACAAGUCAAAGUCCAACGAGACCAAAAUCGACUACAAGAGAUUUGAAUUGAUACAACAGAAAGACGAACGCGACAUUGAGCUGCAGACGGAUAUCAGAGUUCCCUUCACUGAAGUCUCGUGCAAACUUGCGGCUCACAUCAAGGUGUUCUAUCACCUGGAAGUGGCCAUUUACGUGCUCGGAUGCCACAAUACAACUCGAAUGUACGUGCCUAUCACCAUUGGGACGUUUCCACUGCGUCCCGAAGGAGAGAACAAUACCUUUCUACCUCAGGUGGCAUUCCCGAAUGCUCCGCCUCAGAUUGACAUGCCAAUAGUGCCACCAAUGCUGCCUGGAUCGAGUCCGGCUCCUUUGGCGCCAUAUCCACCGGCUAUGCCUGUACCGAUGCCAAAUGCGCCCUUAGCACCAUCGGCACCUUCAGCUGCAACUCCGGAUGAGACAGCGCCACCGCCUUCAUACGCAGACGUUAUGUUCGGCUGGAAGAGCGAUGAGAAGACGUACAAUUCACCAAGUGCUCCGGCAUUGCCCAAGUGAUGGCGACGAAUUUGAUGUACAAUGUUUUCCACUUUGGAAAUGAUAUUAUAUACAAACGUAGUUGUAGUAAUUGCGCGAUUUCCUUGAGAGAAAAUAUACAAAAAGA